AUGGAAAGGACGAGGAUCGAAGAAGCAGACAAAGAACCACAAAAGAAUACAAGCACCACCGAAGACAACAUGUACAGAAGCAACAAGCUAAUUUCACUCGGCGUCGCUCUUUUGGCGGUUGCUCUCCUGAGCAGCACUGCCAAUGGGUUUGUUGCUCCAAGCGUUGUUAUACCCCGAACACAGAAUGCGCUGCAGAGGUCCCUUCCAACUACAACACAACAGGAUUUUUGGCAAAGAGAAAUGGCGGCAGACAGCAACAACAAUGAUGGAAAGGCAGUGGAAGAAAACAAACUCCCGUUUUAUCUGGAUCCAGGAACCAAAGGAGGCGCCAUCUUCCUGUCAUUGGUCGCCUUUGUGGUGCCUAUUCUCUUUUACGAAUUUGUCACUGUCGUAUUUGGUGUGGAUGGACUGGAAGCCGGAAAGUGGAUUGGCGGGGGCUUUACGGUGCUUGCCACGGCUGCCUGGGUUGGUUCGUAUAUCUUUCGAGUGGCCACCAAAGAUAUGACCUAUGCAAAACAACUCAAGGACUACGAGAAUGCCGUAAUCGCCAAGCGACUGGAAGAACUGGACGAAGAUGAGCUUCAGGCCCUUGUGGAGGAGGUCGAACGUGACAGCUUCUGA